UUGAAAAAGAGUGAGAAGAGAAACAGAGAGAAGCAUACACUUCGAGAGAUGCCGGUGAGCGGGAAACCAAAAACAGCGAGGCCGGCGUUGAGAGAUUUACCAAAUAAUGCUAGAAAUGGGAGAUUUUCCUCUAAAUCUGCAAAAUCGAAGAAGAAACUCCCCGAGAAAGUGAUGGAAAAUGAGAAAGAGAAGAGUCUUGGGGCUAAAGAGGAAGAUGAUGGCUCCCUCGACCGCCUCCUUCUUGUCCACUCUAAUCUCUCAUCUCUCAGUAGCCAGAUUGAUGAACUUGUUGUACAAGCAAUUAAACUAGAUGCCAUGGGCAAACAAGGGAGGAAAGAAAUUGAAUCUUUCACAUCUAUUUUGUCUGAAAUGCUAUCCUCUUUAGAGCCAUGGGUCCCCAGAUUUCAGAAGGCACUUUCAACUACUUCUAGGCAGACUGAGAAAGAGUUGGAGCAAUCAUUGGCAAGUAAAACUGUUUCUUACGAAGUCAAGGCUGAAGUUAAAAGUCCAGAGCAAAUAAAGCUGGACUCUUUAAUCUCUCCUUCUCCCCUUGUAUCCUGGCGUGCUGGCUGUGAUGUUGAGAGAGGUAGACAACUGUUUCUCCUGACACCUCUUCCAAUAUCAAAAGCAUUAUCUUCCAAAUUGCAGGAUUCAUCAAAACCUGCAUUUGAAAGGUUUCCUUCCACUGCUACUCAGCUAAAUUCACUUGCCACUAUUUCUAGAGAAUCCAAUGAUCCUUUGCCUGAAGGUUCAGAAGUAUCGUCCGCUUCAAAUAAGCCUACUGAUUCCGCUGCAACUGUGGCAGGAAAGAUGCUAGAAGAUGGAUUUCUCUGCUCACCAACAUCCCAAAGGAAAGACCACAGCAUGCUUGUCAUGACUCCGUGCUUGAAAAUGUCUCCUCCUAAAUCUUGCAUAUUGCUUGAACCUCUUUUUGAGUCCCGUUAUCAUGGCAAUAAAAAGGUUAUUAGAUCAACCCCAUAUCCAGUUGGAAUUCAUAACUCCAGUGACUCUCAGACUUCUGAAUCCUCUGGAAGUGAAUAUCCUGGGGCUUUGGCUUUAAAAUAUCCUGAGCUUUUAGGAAUCCAGCAUGCUUAUAAAUCAGGAAUUGGGAAGAAUGACAUUGAAACUUCACCAGAUUGGUCAUUCUCUCCUCCUAAAAGUUGUGCUUUGUUGGAACCGCCGGAUGAGAGGUCAAUUGAAAAAAUCGACAACAAAUGCAACUUGCCAGUCAUCUCUGAUAUCAUUCAACCAAUCGAGAAUUCUCUAUCCAAAGCAAAUAAUGGUACAGAACCAGCUGGAGGCAGCUUAGCACUCAUUAAAAGCACUCCUCUGUGGAGGGAACCAGAAAGGACAAUUCAGACAGGCAAACGGCCUGGUGAGAAUACUCUAAAGAAAGAGCUGUGGACUAGGUUCGAAGCUGCAUCUACUUAUGGGUUUCACUACAAUGCCUCUACAUCCCAAAAGACUUCAAAGAAAGGAUUCCUCGACAUGCUGGAAGAGGCUUUUUGUGAUGGAGAAAGUUCAGUGCUUGAUGUUUCAAGAUAACGAACCUUGUUUGCGUGUUCUUUGUAUCUAUAUUUGAUCAUACUGGUUAAAAUUUACUGUGUAUUGGUGCAUCUUUUAGUUCAAAAUAAUACAUUUUUGUAAUUCCUCUCCCAAUCAUAUUUGUUGUGGUU